CGGGCAUUGACCGGGUCAACCUGACCUGACGUCAUGACCUAAGAGCACUAUAUUCUAGGCCCAAGUACAAGGCAUUGUAAUAUAGUUGAAGGACGAGCGAGUACGAAGGCUCUAGAUACUAGUUUGGAGACUGCGUACUGUUAGUGCAUUCAGGUUUUAUUUUGUAUAAAAUUAGUGUUUAACGCUUGGAAGACGAAUCAGAAGCAAAAGACGAGAAAAUGCAGCCAUUUUCAACAGAAACGUACCAUUAACAGAAUCAGUGAUUAAUUUCAGCUAAAAGUUCCAUACUUUGAAUUACGGCAUUUGACACAAGGGCGAACCAAAAUGCCGCCACCAAAAAGACCAAAGAAUGGGAAGGAAUUUUGGCUGGCAGAUUUGAUGAAAGAACAGGAGCAGAGAAAUGAAAUGUAUCAUUCCACAAUGACUGAAAAUUCUGAUGAUAGCUUGGAAGCACCUAUAGAUCUAAGAAAAGACAAACAUGUAGAAAACAUGAAGAAACAACCUUUGAAGGGCCUGCUCUUUGGAAAUCAUGACACUGACUCAGACAAACAUGUCACUAAUUCUUCUCCUAACCUAGUCCAUAACAGUGGUUUUGCUGAACAAAGUAUAAAAAAUUUAAUUCAUGAACUGAAAGGCACUGAGACAAACUUGUUUCCCAGUGAAGAAAGGGAAAAAAUGUCUCCAUUUUCAGAAAUUGUUCAUUUAUCUCAUACUCACAAGUCACCACUAACAGACAAGUUUUUCACACCAGGGACUAUGAAGGAUGUGAAAUUGGAGUCCAUGAAUAAAAACAAAAGAGACCCAAGUUUCCAUUGCUUUGAAACAGAUGAACAAAAAUCGUCUUAUUUAAAUGCAAUUGAGAAGUCAAACACCCAUAGAUAUUCACAUUCUCUGCAAAGCAUUUCUACUCCCUAUGAGAAAGACUGUGAAUUGAAAGACUUGGCUGUGACAGAUACAGAAAGCAUUGGCAAGAAACAUGGUGAUACAAAAGAGCAGGAAAUAUGUGUGAAAAGUGAAGGCCAUCAAUACCGGACUCCAAGCUCAGUUCUAGAUUCACAAAUAGCUACACAUGUGACUGGGGAUUCACAUAGACAACAGGCCACAGGUUAUCACCAAGCUAACCAGCCCUUGAUCAGGCACAGUGCUGCUCAAUCAAAUGACAACGGCCAGCUUCCUUGCCGGCCUGCAGACAGUCGGGAUCAAAGCAAUGAUGCCAUGCAGCAGAAUCAUCUGACGAAGGAAGAAUCGUCUCCUCCAAACCCGGUACAGAGUUCAGAGGCCAGUCAGAGCGGGCAGACAGAAAAUACGAGUUUGAACAGCUUAAGGUCAUCUGGUCAUCUUUGUGCAGUGUGUAAUGAUGUUGCUUCUGGGUUCCACUAUGGAGUAUGGUCUUGUGAGGGCUGCAAAGCUUUCUUCAAAAGAAGCAUUCAAGGUCAUGUGGAUUAUGUUUGCCCGGCAACAAACACUUGUAUGAUAGACAAACAAAGGAGAAAGAGUUGUCAAGCAUGUCGCUUGCGAAAGUGCAAUGAAGCAGGAAUGUGCAAAACUUCUAUAAAAACACGAUCAGUGAAUAAGUCCAAAACUGCAGUGAAAAGAAAAUCAGAAGAUGGAACAGGAAACAGUGCAAAAAAGUUAUCAAAGGAAACAUUUUCUUCUGGAUCCGCGAAAUCAUUUAAUUCUCAGCCUUGUGUUACCCCAACAAAGAGCAUAGAAGAGGAUUCUAAAGCAAUCCCACAAGCUUUACAGUUGGUCUCAAAGUUGGUGGAAAUUGAGCCACAUGCACCAGAUUUAGCUGUCAAUUUCAGUGAAAACACAACUCUAGAGCAGUAUCUGAUGCCAGCGAUAAGCUGUGUUGACAAAGAGCUCAUCAACAACAUUAACUGGGCAAAACAAGUUCCUGAGUAUUGCAGUUUGACUCUGAAUGACCAAGUUCAUCUUCUGGAAUGCAGCUGGUUUGAAACCUGCUUCUUCAGAUUUACAUAUAGAUGUAUACCUUUCCCUGGAAAGCUGUAUAUAGGACCAAACUUUAUUAUUGACAUUCAAAUGGUAAAUGCGAUGGGGUUCAAGGGUUAUGGUGCCCAAAUGAUGUCAUUUGUAGAACGCCUCAGAGAGCUUAAAGUGACCAAAGAGGAAUAUGUAUUGUUGAUGGCUCUCACUCUGUUUAAUCCAGACAAAGUUUUAGGAUUAGAAGAAAAAAGUAAGCUUCGACAAAUCCAGGAGAAGUACAUGAAAACCCUGCAUGACUAUGUGACUUACACGGCGCCCAACAUCCCAGCUCGCUCAGCACAUCUGUUACUGCUUCUCUCAUCACUUGGACGCAUUGCGCAUGAAGGCCAGAUUCUAGUGUACAAUAUUAAGAGCAGUGGUUUGUUUCCAGUUUGUGAACUGUUGAGUGAAAUGUUAGAAGCACAAAGAAACACGGACACCUUUUCAGACUUAAGCUUGCUAGGGAAGCUAAAAUAGGUUGGUGAUAUUGGUUGAGAAGCAUCACCUUAUGGUUAAUGGUGACUAAAUAAUCUUGCAAGUUGCAUCUUACAGCUUGAGGGAUGCAAUGUUAUUGUUAUUUUUGUUUGCUGAUGUUUUAGUGAAAAAAAUCACUCAAUUUUUGGAACAAAUAUAUUAUUGUUAUUAUUAGUUUUAUGUUAUUUCAAUUUUGCCAACAGCAUUACAGCAUCAUGUAAUACACCAAGGGUCAUUCCACUAAAAACCAUCUUUGUGUCAAGUCAGUGACACAUUUUGUGAAAUAUUAGCAUAAAUCUGACUUAACCCCUAAUUAUCUUUUAUUUUUUAAACUAUAGUACCCUUCAGUGUGGAAAGAAAUCAACAGUAAUUAGAAAGCAAUAUAAUUUAUAAAACAGCUAUCCAUAUGUUACACAAAAUGUGUGCAUCACUUAUAUGACUCAAAUUCACUUUUUUGUGGAAUGCCCUCCCCAGAAGAAAGAUUAUUUGGAAAAGUGUCGUAAAGGUGUUUCAGUAGGGACUCGGAUGGAUGGCUUGUUUUAAUUCCUGUUUGUGAGAUGUUCCUAGUGAAUCUAGUGAACCUAGUAAAUUUGGUUAAGUAUCUCUUUUUUUUUUAGAAUAAAUCUUAUGUUAGACAUACAUGUAGGUUGAUUUGUAUUUAAACCAGUGUCAACAGAGCCUUGUGUGUUUCAUGUGCAUAUAUUUCACCUUUUUUUUCAAUGGUUGUGGCUUAAUACUUGCCAAGUUUAUUAUAUGUAUGUAUAUUUAUAUAUGGGAUUAGGGUGCUUCUGCAUUGUGCACAAACAGAUUGAUCUGUAUAAUAUUAGCUGCCACCUUACAGAUUAAUUGCAUUUUUAAGAGGCAGGUUUGGGGAUCAUUUAGGAUGAAACAGAUUUCACUUUAAAGAAAUUCACCAAAGAUCUCUAUUUUUACAUCAUAGUGUUGUCUUAAGUAUUUGUUAGAGCAUAAAUAGGAUAUAUCUACAUGUGUGUAAUAAAUGGAAAAGUUUUCUAUUAUAGUGAUAUUUGAACUUUCUGGUCAAAGUUUUAUCAUGUACAUUUAAUUACUAACAUUUUGUUAAGUUGACUGAGUGCAUCAACUGAAAUUGGCCAAUUAUCUAAAUGUAACUACAGUGCACUCGUGU